GUGACGUCUCGAUGGUCGAGUGGGCGGAGCCAGGAGGAAGAUGGCGGCGCCCGCGGCUGCAGCCGGGCCUCAGGCGUCCGGGGGUCCUCGGCCCCCAGUGUGUCUGUUGGUGUUGGGGAUGGCGGGGUCUGGGAAAACCACCUUCGUACAGAGGCUCACAGGACAUCUGCACAGCCAAGGCUCUCCACCUUAUGUGAUCAAUCUCGACCCAGCUGUGCAUGAAGUUCCCUUUCCUGCCAAUAUUGAUAUUCGUGACACUGUGAAGUAUAAAGAAGUCAUGAAACAAUAUGGACUUGGACCCAAUGGUGGCAUAGUGACCUCACUCAAUCUCUUUGCUACUAGAUUUGAUCAGGUGAUGAAAUUUAUUGAGAAGGCCCAGAACAUGUCUAAAUAUGUCUUGAUUGACACACCUGGGCAGAUUGAAGUGUUCACCUGGUCAGCUUCUGGGACAAUCAUCACAGAGGCCCUGGCAUCCUCAUUUCCAACGAUUGUCAUUUAUGUAAUGGACACAUCAAGAAGUACCAACCCAGUGACCUUCAUGUCCAACAUGCUCUAUGCCUGCAGCAUCUUGUACAAAACCAAGCUUCCUUUCAUUGUGGUCAUGAAUAAAACUGACAUCAUUGAUCACAGCUUUGCAGUGGAAUGGAUGCAAGAUUUUGAGGCUUUCCAAGAUGCCUUGAAUCAAGAGACUACAUAUGUCAGUAACCUGACUCGUUCGAUGAGCUUGGUGUUAGAUGAAUUUUACAGCUCACUCAGGGUGGUAGGUGUGUCUGCUGUUCUGGGUACAGGCUUAGAUGAACUCUUCGUGCAAGUCACCAGUGCUGCGGAAGAAUAUGAAAGGGAGUAUCGUCCUGAAUAUGAACGUCUGAAGAAAUCACUGGCCAGUGCACAGAGCCAGCAGCAGAAAGAACAACUAGAACGCCUUCAGAAAGAUAUGGGCUCUGUUGCCUUGGACACAGGAGCUGCGACAGACAGCUUACCUUCUGGGCGGGACCCUUCUGACUUGAUCCUCACUCGGGGAACCUUGGAUGAAGAAGAUGAAGAAGCAGACAGCGACACUGAUGAUAUUGACCACAGAGCUACGGAGGAAAGUCACGAGGAGCCAGCGUUCCAGGAUUUUACAGAAUCAAUGGCACAGCACUGGAAGAGAAACAGAUAGUUUCUAGAGUCCAGAGGUUUGGAACUCGGUGAAGAAACUAUCCUUACCUCUGACGGGGUUCCUAUAAAGAACAAUUUUGUACAGAAUAGCCGAGUUUCUCUUAUUAGGGAGCUUUCCUGACUCCGGUGAAGCCAAGGAUAGAAGAAAUUUGGACCUGGCAGGUAGAUGUUGAUUCCCCGUGGCCUUUCCCUAGGAUUUUGCAAGGAAGGAUUUUCUGACUGUUCUGGAUGCUGGUGUUCUGCCUGUAAACCUUCACGUUUUAUCAUUUGAACUCAAGUACUUUUGCUGCUAACGGAUGAAAGAGAGAACAUAUUGUUCACUUCAGAUCUCUAUUCUUAGGCUGUAUUUAUAGCCUCUAUUUCCCAAGCAUCUUGCCCUUGACCCAUGAGUUUCCCUCCUUUUAGCAGAAUGGGAGAUAAGAAACAUGAGCUUGUACAGAGUGGCAGUGGAGUCUCCUUGGCAACCAGUCAAUGUUGAUAUGAAAUGCUUGGUAGCUCAUUAUAGGUUUGUUGAAGAAAGUGGACAAAACAUAAUUAAUAAGAAUCCUGUUUUUGAUGGUGACUUGGAUAGAGGUUUUAAUUUUAACUUUGGUAUAAGACUGCCUGUCAGAAUUUAAAAUAAGAAAAUUAUAUAAUUAUAAAUAAUUUCACUUCUGUUGAUCAGAGAGGUUUAAGGACACAUGUCCAAACCUGACUCAGUAAGGUGAUGUUUACUGAAGUUUUCCUGGUUACACACACCUAGUAACCAGGUAUAGCGCCAGGCCCUGUUUGCAUUUUACUUUGAACUUAAUGCAAAAUAUGCUUGGUGAUUUUCUGAAGGCCAUGGACUUGGGUCAGGUGUACAUUCCAUAUAUAACAAUCAUGGUUUACCUUGCCUCCAUUCUUCACAAUAUCUCAAAAUGUAGUGCAUUUCUCCUGAGGAAUUUUUCCCUGCCUAAUCUGUCCUCCAGUGGUUCUGGAAGUGUGGUCUCUGGGCCAGAAGCAUAAGCAUCACCAGGGAAAUUGUUAGAAAGGGAACACCGAAGACCUGAAUCAGAAACUGGGGGUGGGGCCCAGCAAUCUGUUUGAACCACUGAUCUAACAACCCAAACAACCUGGGACAAUUCUAGGCCAGAUGACUCUCAGGUAUCAGCCAUAUGACCUGCUUUAUCAGAGGACCCCAACUUUGACCAUCUGGUGCCUCUUCUCCAAUUUAAACAUUCUAAAAAUAAAAGCUUUUUUUUUUUUUACCAUGAA